CGUCUCCUCUGGAUGGAGCUGCUGCUCAUCUCUGGAGUCCAGCCUGAGUCAGCAGGCAGGAAUCAGGAAGUGUGAUCUAACGCUGGCACAGGAGCAGAGAUGGCAGCAUCCGGAACACGGUCCGAGCUGAGGCUGGUGGUUCUGGGCCCGAUCAAGCCGGGCAACAGAACCGCAGUCUGCUCCAUCCUGGGCGUGGAAGAGAGCCGGCGGGACGCCGAGGCUCAGGAAUGUACCAAACACAGAGGAGAAGCUGCUGGCAGGCAGGUCGUCGUGGUCUCCAGUCCAGCCUGGUACGACUCCGCCUGCAGCCCAGACGAGCGCAGGACCCACAUUUCCUCCCUCGUUGCCUCAUCCAGCCCCGGGCCCCACGCCUUCCUGCUCUGCGUCCCGGUGAACGAGCCCGCUCGCGAUGAGUCGAUGGCGCUGGACGCCCUGGCGAAGCUGUUCGGCCCCGCCGCCGUCAGCGGACGCACCGUCGUCCUCUUCACGCACACGGAGGAGCUGGGAGAGGACGAGACCCUGGAGCAGUACGUCGUCACGUGGCGCAAAGACCUCCGGCAGCUGGUGGAGAGGUGCGGCGACCGCUACCACACGCUGGAGAGCGGCGGCGGAGCGGCGGAGGAGGGCCGGGCCGUGGAGGAGCUGCUGGAGAAGGUGGAGGAGGCGGUGAAGGAGAGCGGAGGCAAACACCUGAGCUGCCCUCUGUACCGGGAGGCCGAGGAGCGGGUGAGGCAGCGGCAGACGGAGAUCGUCCGGCAGCGGAGCGCCAACUCUUCGGCUUCAAACUUGCAGCAGGAAGUGAUGGAGGAAGAAAUGGAAGCGGUCAGAGACGAGGCGGAGAGGAGCACCGGCGACUUCGAUUUGAAUCUGGAGGAUAUUUUCCCCUCUGAUGAUAAGAGCGUCUCGCCCUCCUCCUCUGCCCCUCCGUUGCUUCUGCGGGGCCUAUGGGAGCAGCUGGUGGACUGGGUCAGGUGGCUGUCCAGUCUGGUGAGGGUGGAGGCUCUGUUCGGAUCCCUGGUGGGCCUGUUCGUUGGGGGGGCCAUGGGCGGCACGGUGGGGGCCACUGUGGGGUCUGUGGCUACCGAAGUGAGCAGAAGGAAAACGGAAAAAACUAAAUGAGGGGCCAAUAUUAAAACAAAUAUGCAAAUUCACUGCUAACAGAGCUACAAAUAGCUGAACUGCAAAAACACAAAAUCUGACUUGAAAUAAAACAAAACUAACUUACAAGUAACUUUGU